AUGUCCACGCAAGUCGUCUGCCCCACGUCCUCAUCGGUCCGCCACAUUAAACCCAUCAGCGUGACGCGCUCACGCAAGUCGAUCAUCCUACAUGAGGAUAAAUGGAUUCAGAGCGACCUCAAAUACCUCCCUGCUGUCUCGCGCGAUGAUCAGGCUGCGGCCAUCGCGCUGGCGUCGAUCGCCGAAGCACCUGUCCCUCGCGCGGUGGCCCACCACGCCGUCCGGCAGGCCCAGGAUGCCACAUCAAAUCUUGCUGAUGCCAGCCCCAGGUCUGCAGCGUCGGCGGAUUUACUGGAGCCCACAGGAUCAAAGGUGACGCAGCCAAACAAAGGCAAGGCAAGGGCCACGCGGUCUCCGUCCUCAACGAGUAGUGGCUUGAGCAGAAAGGCCAGCCACCGAGGGCCAGGCAAGGAGGCGCGCGAAAAGCAGGAUGCUAUUCGCGAGCAAUGGAAGGCUCGUGCAAAAGCAAUCGAGACGCCACGCGGUACGCAGGCGAACGACUUCCAUCUAUUCGUGAUGAGCUGGGUGCGAAAUGAGGUGACGCCAUACCCAGACGAUGCAUGGGCAGCCCUUGUGGCCAUCGCCAUAGACAGGUCGUUCGUGCAAGUCAAGCACUGGUUCAGCAACCAGCGGCAGGUGGCUGCGCGGAAGGGCACGAGUCGACUAGAAGAUGUAGAGACGGUGACUGUCGAUGGUCGUUCGUUCCGUCUGUGGCGAAAGGUUGUUGAGAGCAGUGGCCCAUGGAGCGAUGAGCACUUCGACGCUGCUUUGCAGGAGGUGAUCCGUGGGCAGCAAGCGAAGUACGAGGCACAGCUUGCCGCGAUGAUCUAG